UUUCUGCCCAUGGACGAGUCUCACACUAUGCUAUGUGCGAAAAGAAAGUCAGUAGACAGUCCAACUCUGCAAGACGUUGUUUAUAAGUAACCAGGAAGGUUAUGGUAGGAGGAUGACUCGCCGCGAUUCAACCUAGACGUCUUGGGGAUCUUGCUGUGUCAACUGUCUGCUGCCUGCAGAGUGACGAGGGGGAGGACUGCGACUCGUCUUCCCGUACUAUCAUGAAGGAAUGGUGGCUUCAUGUGGGUUUGAUUUGCGUGCCACUGGUGGCAGUGUACCUGCACGUCCCAGCGCCUCAGCUGUCACCAGCACUGCAGAACUGGCGGGCGACUGGCGAUUAUUUCACCUUUCGGGACAGCAGUGUGUAUUACAGAGAGUCUUUUGGGGCUCGGGGAAGCUCUGAUGUUGUCAUACUUUUACACGGCUUUCCCACCUCCAGCCUUGACUGGUACAAGAUAUGGGAGCAUUUGAAUCAGCGGUUUAGCAGAGUGAUAGCACUAGACUUCUUGGGCUUCGGCUUUAGUGAUAAACCUAGGCCUCAUAGGUACUCCAUAUUCGAGCAGGCCAGCAUAGUCGAGGCACUGGUCUCUCACCUGGGCUUGGCCGAACACAAGAUCAACAUCCUGUCUCACGACUAUGGAGACACGGUGGCACUGGAGUUACUGUACAGGAGUGACCACAAUCGGACAGGACAUCUCCUGAUUAAAAGUCUAUGCCUCUCCAAUGGAGGGAUAUUUCCAGAAACCCAUCACCCAAGAUUCCUGCAGAAGGUGCUGAAGGACUCAGGCGUUCUAGGCCCUGUACUCACACGCCUCAUGAACUACUACCUCUUCGCCAGAGGCAUAGGGGAGGUGUUUGGGCCCUUCACCCAGCCCACAGAUACAGAGUUCUGGGACAUGUGGACAGUCAUCCGCUUCCAGGAUGGAAACCUCGUCAUGGACAGUAUUUUACAGUACAUUAACCAGAGGCUGAAGCACAGGGAGCGCUGGGUGGGGGCGCUCACCUCCACACUGGUCCCAGUCCACAUGAUCUACGGCCCUCUGGAUCCAGUGAACCCUCACCCCCAGUUCAUCCGACACUACCAGAAACUGGUGCAGAGAUCCACCAUAUCUGUCCUAGAUGAGCACAUCAGCCAUUAUCCACAGCUAGAGGACCCAACGGGCUUCACAAACGCCUAUUUCAACUUUAUUAACUCCUUCUGAGGACUGAGGAACAAACUUUUUUUUUUUUAAUUUACCAUCUCACCAGCGGGUUACCAUGAAGCCAGUAUGCCCUCUCACUUCUCAUCUGGGAAAGUGCUCGACUAUUCUCCUGCCUCUAAACCCCGACAGUCUCAAGGCACACAAACUUCUCUUGGUGACAAACUGGAUGAUUCAAGAGUUUACCAUUCGUCUUGUCAAUCCUGGUUUCAGAAAGCAAAGACCACAUUAUUGCCACUUUUUCCCCUUCCAAUACAGGUGGCUUCGGAGAGGCAGUCCAAACUCAAUGCGAUCAGCCCAUUCUGAGCAGUUUGGAUCAAAUGGCUGGGACGUUUUUUUCUCUCCACAAUCUGAAACUAGGAUUCACCUUUUUGAAUAUUAUGCAAUUGUUUGAGAAGUAGGCCAGCAGAGUGUUUUUAAAAACCGCAUGGCAUGAAUGCAAGAACCCGUCAGACUUGAGAGCUAGCGACUAGUCAGGCCGACUCGCAUGUGAGGUUCCCAAUGUUUUGAAUGAAGUGGGAGCAAAUGACUUGCCUUCAGUGUAUAGCCAGUGGAAUGUGGCUGUACAAGUGUACAUGUAAAAAUCUGUUCAUUUCUGAACAUCUUUUAUUAAAAUUGUUUUGUAAAAAAAA